UCUGAUCUCCGCCGCAGUCCCUCAUUGCCCGCCAUAGUUCCACUAAAACAGCAAUAUUUCACAUGGGCCGACGCCAGCAGCCAGGCUAGUUAAAACAGAAAUAAAUAAGAGAAAAAAACCUAGUCCGAUUCUCUUCUUCCCCCCCCACAUUUAUCGCCCAUUGAUAUUGAUGAGUGUACGAUUAACGAAUGAUCCGCUCCCUGUUGAGUUCCUCGGCGGCUGUUAGCGGGCGCCGUUCCCCCGAUAUUUGACCCAUAACAUAUUUAAUAAUAUAACAAUAACGGAUGGCUCACAUUCCCUGAGUGUGUCUGACGCCAGCCAGGUCCGAGGGAGGGCCGAGGGAGGGCCGAGGGGGAGAGAGACAUUGUUGAGGGAGUUGAUAAAAAUACAUCCAUACCUACAUAAAAUAUCUUGGAUGUCCUGAACAUUUCCAAACGGGAUAUUCUUCUUGAAAAAGCCUUUUUGUGAUGGCCUGGAACAUACAACAUAACGCUGUUCAGCAGCAACUAAAUAGUUACUACUAAAAGGAACAAUCUAAACUCCUUUUUGACUCGCCUGUCGGGGCAGCGCCAAUCAGAAUGAAUGGCCUUGUCUCAAAUGUCUCCGAUGCUGGCGCUGCUUCGUCGACCUUUGACGUCCUCAUCAUCGGCGCUGGCAUCUCGGGCAUCAACACGGCCUACCGCCUCCAGAGCGAGCUGCCAGGCUACAAAUAUGCCAUCCUCGAGGCCCGGAAUGCCAUUGGCGGCACCUGGGACCUGUUCAGGUAUCCUGGCAUCCGCUCUGACUCGGAUCUCUUCACAUUUGGCUUUGCGUGGAAUCCCUGGAACCAGAACAACCCCAUCGCUGAAGGCCCCGCGCUGAGGACCUACAUGCGGGAAACUGUGCAGAAAUUCGGCAUCGAUGAGCAUAUCCACUUCCACAAGAAGGUGCUGGCUGCCGACUGGUCCAGCACCGCCAAUCGAUGGACUCUCCAGGUCGACUGCCAGGGGACCACGGAAACCUACACUGCGCGCUUCGUCGUUUUCGGCACCGGCUACUACAAUUACACUGAACCGCUCGAAGCUGACAUCCCCGGCAUGAGCAGUUUCGAGGGCCAAACCAUCCACCCGCAAUUCUGGCCCGAAAGCCUCGACUACACAGGCAAAAAGGUGGUCAUCAUCGGCAGCGGCGCAACUGCCAUCACCUUACUCCCCAGCAUCUCCCAACGCGCCGCCCACACAACCAUGCUCCAGCGCAGCCCGACCUAUAUCCUCUCCCUGCCCAACUGUGGCAGUCUCCUCUCCUACCUCCUACCCCGCCCCUUGUACCACAGGGUCCAGCGCGUCAUCUGGAUCCUCACCACCCGCCUCUUCUACACCUUCUGCCAAUCCAUGCCCUGGCUCGCCCGGCGCAUCCUCAGACUCUCCGUCUCCGCCCAGCUCCCCAAACACAUCCCGCACGACCCCCACUUCCGCCCCAGCUACAACCCCUGGGACCAGCGCCUCUGCGUCUCCCCCGAUGGCGAUUUCUUCAAAUGCCUCCACACCGGCCGCGCCGACGUGAAAACCGACACCAUCAAACAAGUCACGCCGACAGGCAUCCAGCUGAACUCCGGCGAUCACCUCGACGCCGACAUCAUCGUCACAGCCACAGGCCUCAAACUCCUCAUCGCCGGCGGCGCGCGCAUAACCGUUGACGGCCAAAAACCCAUCCACAUCCCAGAUAAGUACAUCUGGAACGGCAUGAUGGUGCAAGACAUCCCCAACGCGUCCUUCGUGAUCGGCUACGCCCACGCCUCCUGGACCCUCGGCGCAGAUGCCACGGCGCACUUCAUCGUGCGGCUCCUGAAACACAUGGAGAAGCAUGGGUUGGUGGCUGCCGUGCCGCGGCUGGAUGCGAAGGAGGCGUCGACGCUGGAGGGCCGCCGGCUGCUGAGUCUGUCGUCGACGUAUGUGGUGCGUGCGGAGAAUUUGAUGCCCAAGGCGGCGAAUCGGAGGCCGUGGUUGCCCCGGGGGGAUUAUUUGGGGGAUUAUUGGUUCGCGAGGUAUGGGCGGAUUGAGGAGGGUUUGGAGACUGUUGAGGGGAAAGCGGGGGAGGGGUUUAGAUUAGCCGGGAUAAGAAGAGGCAAGUAGCUAGAUUGGGUUAUAGAUUUGUUUUAUUUUUAAUUUUUUUUUUAUUUAUUUAUUUAUUUUUAAUUUAAUAUAUUUAUUUUUUAUUUUUAAUUUUUUUUUUUUAAGAACUGCAAUGAGCAGUGAAAGAAGAUGAUGAACUUACUGGCAUUAAAUAUGGUUUUAUAUGGGAUGAAUGGGCUGUCAAUGUACUGUGUAUAUUUUUGAUGAAUUCUUUUAGUUAUCUAAUGAAAAUCACAUCCCCAACCUUCUCCCUGAUACAAGGGAGGUAGUGACAAUAAAUACUGAUAUUUUCUCUCUAUCUUCUUUUUCGAAGCGAGUUUGCUGAUAUAUCAUUUUUCAUUUUGCGGAUGAGGAAGUUUAAUUAAUAUGAGAAGAUAUUAUAGUGAAUUAUUUAUGAGAGAUAGAGCAGCCUGAAUUUGCCAUCUAUCUCCCCCUUCCUCUUCAUCUUCUUGAUACAUAGAAUGCUCUCAGGGGGAGGGGGAGAGAUCUCUCGCAAUAUCUAGUUAGCGC